AUGCAGCUUGUCAAUGCCGACAACGUACUCGCCCAGCUCCUCGGCGUAAACUCGCGGCUGUGCUUCACAUUGGGGCCCGCUCGAUCCAACGUGCCAGUGGUCGUCCCGCCACCGCGCGCGCGGCUGACGCUUCGCCACCUCCCGUUCACGGUUACAGCAUGGACCACGGGCCCGGCUGCGUUGGUGAACGUCCAGCAAGUGCUCCUAGCCACUGCGACGUCGGUCCAAUCGAUCGACGUCUGCCUCUCGCCGUCGGACGGGCGAUACACCGCGUCGUGGACCUGCUCGAGUCGAUGCAACAUGUAA